UACCUAAAUAAUUGGCAAUAGGUAAUUGGCAUCCACGAUAGCCUCAACGAACCUCAAUCACAAGGACAACCCCGACCACAAGCCACAAAACCACCAUGGCCUCCCGAUUCAGCGCGGCGCGUCCCAAGCGCGCCGGCGAAAACUACGCGCGGAUGCACCACGCGGAGCCCAACUCCAAAAAGGUCAAGUUCGACAUGCGGAACCCAUCCGCGCUGGCCCCCGAAGCCGCCGAGGACGAAGACGACGAGGACGAGGCCGACGACAACUACCUGGCGGCGGACGCGGACGUGAUCCGCGGGAGCGCGGCGACGAAGCGCGGGGCCGUCAACAUCGACGGGUACGACUCGGACUCGGAUCGCGAGGAGCUCGGCACGCUGCACGCGUCGACCAAGCUCAAAUCCAAAUCCAAGUCAAAUAAAGACGACGACGAGGAUAUGGACGACAUGUUCGCGGCGGACGAGGACGGCGACGAGAAAGACGACGAGGCGGACUACUCGACGGGCAAGACGAGCAAAGAGGUCCACUUCGUGGACACGGCGGACAUCGAGGGCCAAGAGGCGGAGUCCAAGUCGGGCGGGCACGUGCGGCUCGACGAGGAGUCGUCGGGGGACGAGGACUCGGAGACGAUCGAGCUGGCGAUCCAAGAGGAAGGCAUCGACGCGGAGGUCGGGGCGGGGGGGCUCAAGAAGCACGCGCCCAAGGUCGAGGCGUUCAACCUGAAGGCCGAGCACGAGGAGGGCCGGUUCGACGAGGCCGGGAACUUCGUGCGCAAGGCCGCGGACCCGGACGCCGUGCACGACCGGUGGCUCGAGGGCGUCAGCAAGAAGGACAUGAAGAAGGCGGCGUCGGCGCACGAGAAGCGCGAGGCGGAGCAGCGCCGGCGCCGCCGGGAAGAAGACAGCGUGCUGACGUCAGAUCUCCUCCGCUCGCUCAUCCUGCACCUCGAGCGCGGCGAGACGCCGCUGGAAGCGCUGGCCAGGCUGGGGCGGGGCCAGACGAAGGCCAAGAAGGUGCCCAAGUGGAAGCAGAAGAAGCAGCAGCAACAAAAGCCGGAGGCCAUGGAGGUGGACGCCGAGAAAGCGCCCGAAGACCCGGAGCAGACGCGCAUCAAGGAAGCCAUCAACGCGAUCACCGAAGCAGCCGACAGGCUGCUCGGCCGAGACCGGCCGGACAUCUACGACCGGGAGCGGGAGCGGCUGAUCCGGGAGUACACGCGCGAAGCGGACGAGCCCUGGGUGGAGCCGGAAAAGGCGCCGAACGGGGCGGCGCCCGCCACGAAGAUGUGGGAAUACCGCUGGAUCGACGGCAGAGACAAUGCCGACAAGCAAGGGCCCUUCGACGGGCCCACGAUGAAAGCCUGGCAGGACGCGGGCUAUUUCGGCGAGGGAGUCGAGUUUAGGGAGGCUGGCGAGGAGGGUUGGACUCGCCUUGCCGACUUUGUAUAAGUACCUAGGUACCCAAGGAGGUAAUUGGCAAGGUCUUAAUUUGACCGCAAAACG